GAGGUCAACAUGGACGUUGAGGCAGCUUUGCUGGAGAACUCUCCAACACUGUCGACGAUCUCGUCGGACUGCACCGACACCACAUAUUCCGGCCCAGACUCGCCCUAUUCCCCGGAAUCGCCGAUCAUCGUCAUCUCGUCGUACAAGAAGACAAAGGAUGACGAGGUCACGCCUAGACCAACGCCCAGGCAUCCGCUGCCGCCCAGGAAGCCCAACUUCCGGAUACGACCGCCCUAUCUCAUGAUCUGCAUCAGCAUCAUAGAGAUAGCCGUUCACUGCCUGGGAGACGAGGCGACGCUGCGCAGGUGGCUGGUCUACGACCCCCGUCAGAGGGUGCAAGGCUGGAGGUUCGCCUCGUACAUGCUGCUGCACUCGAACGCGCUGCACCUUGCGUUGAACGUGGUCAUCCAGCUGGUGCUGGCCACUCCGCUCGAGGUGGAACAGGGUCGAAUAGGAGUGGCAACUAUCUACUUAGGAGGUGGCGUGUGCGGAGCUCUAGGUGCGUCCCUGCUUCAACCCAGUCUCUUCCUGGUGGGUGCUUCAGCUGGUGUCUAUGCUCUACUUACUAGUCAUCUUGCACAUCUUUACUUGUGUCACGGAGAACUCCGCUACGCCAGCUGGCGUCUAGGUGCCGUACUACUGCUAGCCAGCGCGGACGUGGCGUCCCUUCCAAUCCCGGCGCUGCUCGGCUGCGGCAGAGUAGGCUGGGCUGCUCACGUGGCCGGUGCUCUAGCAGGGCCGCUGUUAGGCCUAGCAGUGUUCCCGAAUCAGAGCAAGAAAGACGCCAGAGGCCGGAGAUUCGUCAGGUUCGUUCGUCUACUCUCAGCGAUCAGCGUGAUGCUGCUCGUAGUCGGCGCCAUCUUGGGAAACGUCUACCUGAUCGCGCUGCCACAGCUCAGGAAGCCAUCCUGA